AAAAGCCAGCUAACACUACAGUCAGCUGAUUGACUCACAUGACUGCCCUUUCUAGUUUUGGACCUGUUUACCGGUGAAAGUCUCCAUACAGCCAGUUUUACACGACGGGACGGGACCGUGAUGUCAAAGUUAGUUUAGAAACCGCUCGGAGACGAUGACUAGCUAGCUGAGGAUACGGGGACUUCCACAAAGAGCUAACUAUGUAUAUAUUCUACUAAUAACAACACUCCGAGGAGCAGCCAGACGGGUUAGCUAAGCAGCUUCAGUGCUGUUGAUGUGCCAUUCACGGCAGUAGAUUUCUUUGGUUUAUUGUCUCAAGGAAUUUGCAAAUAUCCAACAAAAUGAGUCCAGAAGGGAAGAGGCUGUUGAACAUCGUCGUACUAGGCUUCGGCUUUAUGUUUAUGUUCACUGCUUUUCAAACAUGUGGCAAUAUAGAGCAAACCGUUAUCAAGAGCUUCAAUAACACUGAGUUCCAUGGCAGCGGCUACACAAGCAUGGCCAUCAUCUAUGGAGUUUUCUCUGCAUCCAACCUGAUCGCCCCGUCAGUGGUGACCGUCAUUGGACCGCAGCUGUCAAUGUUUUUCAGUGGGCUGUUGUACAGCGGCUACAUAGCCAUGUUCAUUUACCCAUACACGUGGAGCUUCUAUACAGCGUCUGUGUUGGUUGGAAUAGGAGCGGCAGUCUUGUGGACAGCUCAGGGAAAUGUGCUGGCCAUCAACUCCACUGAUAACACCAUUGGAAGAAACAGUGGCAUAUUCUGGGCGUUGUUGCAGUUCAGCUUAUUCUUUGGAAAUCUAUACAUAUACUGUGCCUGGCAUGGACACGUUCACAUAACAGACAAGGACCGCCAGACGGUGUUCAUCUCUCUCACGGUUAUCAGUCUGGUGGGUUGCUUCCUCUUUUUUCUGAUCCGGAAGCCUGACCCUGAACCCGCUGCUCCCUCUGAGCAGUCGGAGUCGCUGCUGCAGGCUGAAUCGUCAGAGAGCGUUUCCACAGGCAGCUCUCCUGGCGUAAGCCUCUGCUCACAAGCUCUUGAUGCUUUUGUGAAAGCGUGUAAAAUGUUCGGCACCAAAGAGAUGCUGCUGCUGAGCCUUUCCAUAGCAUACACAGGCCUGGAACUCACGUUCUACAGCGGGGUGUAUGGGACGUGUAUCGGAGCUAUGACCCGCUUCGGCCAAGAUGCAAAGAGUUUGAUCGGCAUCUCUGGCAUCUGCAUCGGCGUAGGCGAGAUCCUAGGAGGGGGCGUGUUUGGGAUGCUGAACAAGUGCAACCAGUUUGGGAGGAACCCAGUGGUGCUGCUGGGGCUCAUCACUCACUAUGUCGCCUUUUAUCUGAUUUUCCUCAACAUUGCCAGCGACGCUCCUAUCGCACCGGAGCCAGGGACGGACCUGCAGGCCUACAUCACCCCCAGUGUCGGCGUGGCGUUGCUGUGCAGCUUCCUGCUCGGUUUUGGCGACAGCUGCUUCAACACGCAGCUCCUCAGCAUCAUCGGCUUCACCUUCCGCGACAACAGCGCCCCCGCCUUCGCCGUCUUCAAGUUCAUACAGUCCAUCAUGGCCGCUCUGGCCUUCUUCUACAGUAACUACCUGCUGCUGCACUGGCAGCUGCUCAUCCUGGUCCUGAUGGGCUUUCUGGGCUGCGUGACCUUCUUUUUGGCCGAGUGGAACGCUGAGUCCAGGAGGCGAGAAUCAGACUACGACAGCAUCUGAUGCUCGUAUGGGGAGGAUUAAGAGGGCACAGCUGGAGGUGCUUUGGUCCCUCCACAGCUGGAAGAAUCAACAAAGGGACGAUGCCGACGAUGACCUCAUCCCAGCCUCUGCAAACUAAAACUGACACUGUGGUAUGUAGAAUCCUUGCAGUGGCUGCAAAAACAUUAACAUCCAUCUUUACCUGUAAUUAAUUUCUAAAGGCAUGAGAAGGAACCGUGAGCAGCCAGAUAUACAGUACCUCAUUCUGGCUUUCUAUCUCGUUAUUUACUGGACAUACAUUUGAAAAUAAAUCCUAAAAAAAUUAAGAACAUACCUUACAAAGAUUGUACUGAGGCAUGAUAGAUAAAGAUGUGUUAAUAAAAA